CAAUGGCGGCGAUGAAGUUCCCGACACCGUCCACCAUUUCAUCAAAAUUAUCGAGUCUAGGAUCGCAAAGUACGACGAUGGAAAUUUGUCGUCCGGCGACACUAGGGCCAAGAUCGGUAAAAUGACGGAAGACGAUUCGUUCUUCUACGAGGCCCUCACACGGGUAUCGAAAUUUGUCGUACCGACCCGUGACCAGAACGACAACAUUGCUAGGAACAAGCAUUCAACCGAUGAUGUUGUGCAGUCGUCACCGUCGUCGUCGUCUUCCUCGGCGGACAUGGUCUUGCAACGGGCCAUGACGUUUAUGGAAGAAGAGUUACGAAUCUUGUUAGAAGAUUUCGGAAAUGACCAUGAAAGCGGGGCCAGAGGAGAAAGGGACAAUCCUUAUGAGCCGUACCCUCCAGAGGUCGUGACCAGAAUGAACCGAAUGGCUACGGUCAUGAUCUCGGGCGGGUACGAGACUGAAUGUUGCCAGGUGUACUCGAUUUGUCGUCGUAACACUUUUGCAAAGGAGUUGAAAAAAUUAGGAUUCGAGAAAAAUCAUAACUCGAGCGAUAUAGAAAAGAUGGAUUCGGAUUCGCUAGAAGAUGAGAUCACGAAAUGGUUGAGAGCGACAAAAAGUUGCUCUCAGCGUUCUCCAGAACACUUGUUCAAAUUCCUUGAAAUGUACGAAACGGUACGGGACCUAAUCCCGGCAAUUCGGGACGGAUGCUCGGACGAGUCCGAGCACGAGAUCACGUCCGAGAUUCUCGCCGCCGGGGACCGGAUCGGAGAGGCAUCUGUCAAAAUCUUCUCCGACUUUGAUGCAUCCAUCAAAAAUGACACCGCCCGGGACCAGGUACCGGGCGGCGCUGUUCACCCGCUCACCCGUUACGUGAUGAAUUACCUGAUAAAUGCGUGCGAUUUCAUGCCCGCACUCGAGCAAAUAUUCAGAAAGCACGCGAAUUCCGACGGAGGCGAAAUUUCGCCGUUUUCGGCUCAGCUGCGGAACACGAUGGAGCUUUUAGACGCGAAUCUGGAAGCCAAAUCGAAUGUGUACAAGGACACUUCCCUCCGGCUCAUAUUCCACAUGAACAACGGCCGAUACAUAUUGCAGAAAAUCAAAGGCUCGCCGGAGAUACGCGAAGCUAUCGGCGACGCCGUAUACCGGAGGCGGUCUACUGAUGUCCGGCAAUUCCAUAAGAACUACCAAAGAGAAACAUGGGGAAAGGUGCUGCAAAUUCUAAAGCACGAUGGGCUAGUGCAAAACGGAGGGAAGGUGAACAAGGAGGCAUUGAAGGAGAGGUUCAAGAACUUCAGCAACGCCAUGGAAGAAAUUCACAAAACGCAGAGCAGCUGGGUGGUAAACGACGAGCAGCUACAGUCGGAGCUUCGAGUUUCGGUCUCCGGCGUCAUCAUUCCGGCGUACCGCUCCUUUCUGGGGAAGUUUAAACAUCAUCUUGAUGGGUCUAAGCAUGUCGAUAGGUAUAUAAAGUACCAAUCCGAGGAUAUUGAGACUUUGAUUGAAGGGUUAUUUGAUGAACAACUGAAACGCAAAGAGAUUACAACAAUGGUGAGAUCAUCAUACGCCCCAUUCGGAAACUUCUUCCACCACGACUACCCGCCGCCGGCGAACAGCUACCCCAUCCACGACGUCCAGCACAAGCCGUUGGAGGUCGCGCCGAAGCAUCCCAUCCACGAGGUUCAUCAGAGGCCGAAGGUCGUUCAGAUCCCCGUCCGAUUCGUCGGAUCGGAGCCCUCGGAGUCCGCCCGAUCCGCUUCCGCGCUGGAGAUCCAGAAGGUCCUCCGGGGGUUUCUGGUGCGGAGGAGCAUGAAUCGGAUUAUUUCCGUCCGGCGGGAGGUGGAGGAGAUCGAUCGGAAGGUUUCGCAGCGGGAGACGGUGGAGCUGCUGAGGAAGGACGAGAGGGAGAGGAUCCGCUUGAACGAGAUGCUAAUGUCUCUCCUCUUCAAACUGGAUUCCGUUCGCGGGAUCUAUUCUGGAAUUAGGGAUUGCAGGAAGUCUGUGACCAGAAAGGCCAUCGCGUUACAGGAGAGGAUCGACGCCAUUGUUAUCUCCAACCCUCGAACCCUAACUGAUGGUGCCGAUGAGGAUGGCGAUGGAAACAACGAAGCUCUUAUGGUGUGCGACUCUCCCGAUUCUCAGAUAUCCGAAUCCAUAGAUCGAACCACACGCACCAGCGAUUCGUCUGAGAAUGAGCUGCCAACUGGAAACGCUUCUGAUCAAUCUGACAAUUCUGCUCAAUUUCAUGUGGCAGAUGAAUCCGGAGACAUUCCUGUAGAAGAAAAUUCCCCUGUUACUGAAGAGAAACCUGAUUUUGAGAAUGAUGAAUCAAACGAAGGGCAAUUGGCCGGAGGAUGUGUUCCUGAGGCCACGAACCUGGGGACUCGUGAAGAAGGUAUACAGCCAGAUGCGACAGAGACUGGCAAGGAGAGAGAUGAAGACAAGAAAAGCAGAGAAAUACUGGAGAGGAUAAUGGAGGAGAACGGGAAGAUGAUGAGUUUGAUGACACAGUUGUCUGAGAGGAAUGAAACGCAGAUGUUAAUGCUUGACGCCCUAACACAGCGGGUGGAGCACCUGGAAAAAGCUUUCAUGUGUGAUAAGAUGAGAAGGAAGAAGAUGAAGAAAAAACACUCUCCUCUUUGAUUUGUGAAUAAUGUGAUGUCAGGAAGCUUUCUAUAUAAUCUCAUUUUUUUUUAUUAUCAGCAUGUUUUUGUUCUAAAUGUGCUAUUUUAGAUAUGGAGUAAUAAUCUUUGAUUAUUUAAGAAAGUUUUGGGACUUUU